AUGGGUCACUUCAAGGUGAGUGCGGAUCCGAUAGAUCCGGUGAACGCCACCAAUGGUACGUUCAGAGUGAACGUGUCGAUCCACGUCCAUAGCAUAUCCGAUCUCGAUAAUAUUCGUCAGAAGUUCCAGAUGGACUCCACCGUCAGUCAAUAUUAUUUCCUGACUGAAACGGCGGGUAGUGAAACAUACGAUUACGUUCUAAGUAGAAUUCCUCAAUCUGCGCUGAACAAAUCUGUCUCAGACGGCACAUGGGUCGUAGUCCCCUACCCUUACAUCGAAGACUUUUGGAGGCCGGAGUUGCUCUGCAUGGAAGCCUCGUCCCUGCAGCUCCAAUCUGUGAUAGAGAAACCUGUGACAUUGUCCAUGAAAUUGAUCGAUGGGGCCCUCCUGAUGAAGCUGGAGCAGAAGAAGAGACUCACUAUCGAUUGUGCUGCUUGUCUCAAGUAUUAUCCCAUGAACGCGUGUGGCUGUAGGGUGGAAUGUUUCAACUUGAUCAAUCCGGUCGACGUAUUCUGGCAGGAGCGGGAGGAAACGUACGCGAAUUCGUUGUGGUUCACCGGAGCAACUCGGCUGAUCAACAAUUUCGUCUCCUUGACAUUUUGUGACACUCGAACGAAACGCUCCGGUAGAGGGCUCUGCUUCAGGGUCAGCUUCUCGCCGAUCGUGAGUUCGAUCGUCCUCUCCACAUUGCUCCCCGUCGUUCUUCUAGUUGUAGCCUCUAUCGGCACCUCAUUCAUGAGCGUCAACUCCGUGAUUGAGCGGAUCAGUGUGUCGAGCGUGCUUCUCCAAUCCAUUCUCACCCUCUACAUUCAGUCGCGGUUGAGCAUACCCCCCGUUCCCCAUAUCACUGUGAUUGACGUCUUCCUCUUGGUGUCAGCCUUUAUCGUGAUCUUGACCAUUCUACAAAGUGUGGCGGUGAGAAUUCUCGUCCAACGCAAAGCUCUGUACGACCUCAGCCAGCUCAGUGAGGCGACGCCUCCACUGCGCGAGAAAUGCAACGCCGCAGGGGGAUCGGGCGCGCUGCGACGGAAGUCAAAAAAAUCAGCCAUCACGACUCCCUUAGUGAGAACUUUCUUCCGAUACUCCCUCAAGCGCCCACCGUAUCCUGCCGCCAAGUUCAACCGGAAUGCCAGCCGUGCAUUAUCGUCUUUUUAUAUCAUUUUCGUUCCUUUGUUCUGGAUGUCGGCCGUGUACGUCGCCACACUACCACGCAUGCCUCCAAAACCGACUGCCUAA